CCAGGGUAUCUUGCUGCCUGGUUCGAUUUAUAAUCUGACAGCGUCCCCGAUGCCAGCCUUUCACUAGAUUGUCCAGUCUUCACAUCCAACAUGGCUCCCAGCAAAGAUCUCGUUACACUGACCGCGAAUUGUCUCUGCAAGGCCAACACCUUCACAACUCAGGUCCCAAAGUCGAAUCUCCCUUUGGAAGGAUGGGCAUGUCACUGCGACUCUUGUCGUCAUGCGACAGGUGCGAUGUACACUCAAGAUUCCCCUUGGCCUGAAGAACGAGCCAACGUCGAUGUUUCCAGCCUCAAAGCCUACAACUUCUCGCCCAAAUACGAUAUCCUCUUCUGCCCCACUUGCUCGACGCCAUUGUUCUUCGCAAACACACAAGACCUGAACAAAAAACUUGGAGUGUUUACAGGCACAUUGAAGAAUGUAUCCAGUGAUCUCGUCAAGACCACAGAGCAUAUCUUCGUUGGCGAUACCGGAGACGGAGGCGCAUCGAUGUGGCUGCGCAAGCCCAACGCAGAUGGCACCGAAGCUAAACGCUACAAAGGGCGUGCGGAAGAUGAGAACGGUCAACUUGCUGAGGCUAUACCGUACGACUGGCCUUCGCACGACAAAUUGACAGGCUACGAGGCAAAGACCAAAGACCCGGUACACAUCUGGUGCAGGUGCGGUGGCGUCAAUCUGCUCUGGGAACCACCUAGCUACGACGGGGUAAAGGAUGAGGACCUGCCCUGGUUUGUCGAUCCUAAAACACACAAGGCGCUGGCGGGUUUUUGUGCGUGCGAGUCGUGUCGCUUGUUUGGAGGAGUAGAUGUUUGGAACUGGGCCUUUGCCGAGCUAAAGGACAUACAUUUCCCCAACAAGGUGCCAGGUUUUCCGGACUCAAGUGAUGCCCUCAGAGCGCUGGUCGACGCCAAAGACCCCUCCGUAGGAUCGCUCACUUACUUUGCGUCUUCCUCUGACGCUCAGCGUUACUUCUGCAGCAAUUGCUCGGCCUGCGUCUUCUAUGCCUGGGAUGAGAGGAAUUUCAUGGUAGACGUUGCGCUUGGCGUUCUUGAAGCCUCGGAUGGGGCAAGGGCGGAAGGUACUUUCUCGUGGGCUUUUGGUGGUGCGAUCGGCCAUCUGGACGAGAAUGCUGGAGGAUGGAGAUUCGACCAGUAUCAGCGGGUCAUGAAAGAGGGUGAGGAAUGGAGAAUCAGUCGGGGAUAUCCCAAGAAUUGGAGGAGGUUGGCACGUGAGAAGGCUGAAGGGAAGGCAUAGCGAAGAGUUGGUACUUUGCAGUUACACGUGUGUUCAAGGCAAUGUCACCGCCCU